GGAACCUAUUAUAUUGUCCCUCGUAAAUUGGUCCCGUGUAUGAAGAAAUGUAAAUGUUCAGAAUGAAUGAAAUGUACAACCGACGUCGAUGACGUGUAGUCAGUCUACUCGGACAAUAGGGCAGAAUGUAUAGAUAGGAUCCAGGGGACAAACCCACAUUUUGGAGUAGUUGAAGACUGGAUAUUCAAAUUCCGUCGGAUGAGACGGGUUUCCGUUAUCUCAAAGUCUUGUGUUUUGUGAUAAUAAAACGCUGUUCUAUUUCUAGUGACGAAAUUUCAAUAAGCUGAGUGCUCAAUUAUAGUUUCUCGUUAGGUAGAGUAUUAUUGCUGAAUAAUAAAAUUUUCUAUUGUCGUACCUACCCGUAACGCUUAGUUGUGCCUGAUUCAGAACCUAUUUCUCGGAAGGUCUUUUUCGAUUUAUGAGAUGUCAAUAGUCAGUGCCUCCAAGGAACUCUGUUAUUCCACUUGACUGUACCUUUUACCUUUCCCAAACUUUCGAGUUUACCUUGAUCUCUCUGCAUCAGCUGUAUCGUCCAAAACACAUGUUAGUUUUCGAUUCUAACCUAUUGCUUCUUACUGCAAUUUUCGUUAUUCUAUUUAUAAACUGUGUCUACGGCUUUAACGAAAUUUUGUGCAUCUCUGUUCAGACUUCAGUCUGUUCUCUGGCGAUAACCAAGAAUGGUCGGGAGGAUUCCGGUUCAAAUUGUACUUUUCUUGAGCAAGUCUAUAUAGAAGUUCUUAAGUUACAAUAGUGUUCCAUUUUUGGUGGAUUUGAGAUCUUAUUUCAGUUUACAGCAUGGGGGGACCCGAAAAAUGCUUCGUGAAUCCAGAUGGGGAAGUUACCGCAGAGACCUCGGGGGCCUGGAAGGGAAGAUAUGAGAACGAAUCCUCUUGCAGUUACUCCAUUUCUGUGGGGAGCGAGGAACCCAGGACCAGGAGGGAGAGGAGUAAAUCCUUGUCGCAGUUGGAUCCUGAUAUGGCUUCGGGAGAAGUGGCCAGGAUACGGGAGAGAUUGUUGAGGACGAAUUCUCAUGUGGAAAAAUCGCACCUCAAAAAUUUCUCUGGCGUACAACGUCUAACUUUAUUACUACUAGCCUUAGUAGAUUUUAUGGGAUUUUGUUCCAUGUCCAUCAUGGCUCCAUUUUUCCCAAAAGAGGCACAUCAGAAAGGACUGAGUGACACUGUGAUUGGUUUAAUUUUUAGUUUUUACGCUCUUAUUAUGUUCCUGACGUCACCCAUUUUCGGAAAAAUUCUACCGAAAGUGGGGACAAAAUUUUUAUUUCUCGGUGGAAUAUUGGUUGUAGCCAUAACUAAUAUUCUCUUUGGGUUUUUAGUUUAUGUCGAUGAUUUUACCCUAUUUACAACAUUGUGUAUUUUAGUUAGAAGUAUAGAAGCAUUAGGUGCCUGUGCAUAUUCGACAGCUAGCUACGUUUAUGUAGUGAACUCUUUUCCGCAAAGUAUAGGAAGUGUUUUGGGAAUCCUAGAAACCUUUGUAGGCUUAGGUAUGAGUACAGGGCCGGCUAUAGGAGGAUUUCUCUAUUCGCUUGGCGGUUUUACCCUUCCAUUUUUAGUUUUGGGCAUCACAAUGGCUAUUACAGUACCCUUAAAUUUGCUAUUUCUACCUAGUGUUGAAGAGUGCAACAUGUCUAGUAAAUCAACUUCAUUCUUCAAACUGAUCAGAAUAAAAGAAGUUUUGGUGAUUGGUCUCGUUGUUGUUUUUGCAUCUAGCACAUGGGCCUUUUUAGAUCCAACUUUAGAACCUCACUUGAGACAGUUUGACCUAACGACUGGAAAAGUUGGAUUGAUUUUCCUCCUUUUUUCCGCUUUGUACGCUAUUGCUAGCCCUAUUUGGGGAUGGUGCGCUGAUAAAGUUGAUAAUCAUUGGUCAAUGAUGGUCGUAGGAUUAUUUAUAAGUACAGUAGGUUUACUUUUAUUGGGGCCAUGUCCAUAUAUACCUUGGCUCGCAAGUGCAAAUUCCCUAUGGCUCAUCAUUGUUGCACUUUGUAUUCUCGGAGUGUCAAUAGCACUCACAUUAUUACCAACAUUCAGGGGGAUACUAACAUCAGCUACAGAUGCUGGCCACAAAGAGUCGCUAGCAACCUAUAGCGUAGUUGCGGGCAUUUGGUCGUGCCUUUACUCUCUUGGUGAAGUUAUUGGACCGUCGUUGGGUGGAGUUUUAUUGCAGUAUUAUGGUUUUCCCCUGAUGUCAACUGUGAUGGCAGCUAUCACUUUAACAAUUGCGUUGAUAACCCUCAUGUAUUUCACAACUAAAACGAUCACCGGUGGAGAGGUUGCUCCAUCUUCUGAUAGUGGUAUAAAUGAAUCCUGGAGAAGUUCAAGUAACAACAGCGAUGAUGAAGAAUCCUCUGAAACAACGUCGCUGUUAUUCUCGAGAACAGACCACAAAGAUUACAGAACAUACACUGAAGAUAAAGUACAGAACUACGGGGAAAGCAGGAGAAUGGAUAAAAAGUCGGGUGAUAUAGAUGAAAAUCAAUGCACAGAUGUAAGAGGCACAAUUUCUAUAACAGGAGGUGGAGCUUGCGAAGUAUGAAAGAAGAAAUGAGAAGAUUGUACAUUUGUUUAUGUAUCCUAUUUAUUAUAUUAAUAAAGUUGUCUUAUAAUUA